AUGACAACCACGAUUUCCGGUCUGUGCUUCCUCACAGCCAACCUCAGCUCGCCCUCGGAGAAAUUAGUAUCGCUCUGGCCACUCGCUCUCCUCGGAGGACUGCGGGGAGGAGGAGGACGAUAUCCUAGAGCCCGGCACUCCGCUGCUUGGGGCCCCAGUUCGGCCCCUCCGGCGGCCCGAGUCUGUGCCGCCUGGGUGCCCGCGCUCUGCGCGACCCCCGACUGCGCCAACGCCCCCCAGUCCCGGACGUCGCGGUGGCGCUUCCGCGAGCGCCCGGCGGGGCAGCUGCGGUGGGACCGCUGGGUGCGGGGCCGCCGCGCCGACUGGUAACUGGAACCGGGCAGUGGCCGCUGGGCGAUCUGCUCUGACCUCUUCGCUCCCGCCGGUUUUGACGUCUCUUCCGUGAUUUAGAAGAACCUGCGAUUCUCCCGGCGUCUGAGGCUCCUGGCGGGCGCCGUGCCCACCCAGCACCACGUCCUCCCACCACCUACGCGGUGACAAGAGGGGGACCAAGCGGGCGACCCAGAAAAGGGAGGAGAGCCCCAGGCAGUCAGGGUUCCGAGGCCGCCUGGAUUCAGCCUCCGGGGCACUCCUCCCCCUCCAGGCCAGGAAGAGGGCUGCAGCUUCACAGUGCGUGCUGCUGACCUGUCUAAUGUACCUACUCACUGCAAAGGCCCAGCUCAGAGGCGCACACACAUUUCCCUGAAGAGGCCCCGUUCUCUUUCGGGUAUUCAGGCCGAAGUGAAAGUGUUUGGGAAACUUCUGUGCAAUGCAGCUACUCAGACUGAUGGAUUAUGGUCUAGAAUGUCCUCUGCUUCGGCAUUUCCUCUAGUGAGGCAAACAGAUUCAGACCGGGACGUCGAGAGUGAGCAGAAUGAACUCGUUUAUAUAGCCGUGCAAGUGAAAGAAGAGCCCUGUUAG